UCUUGCAGUAUCUGUCUGACGUGUACAAAAAUCAAAGUGCACGAUCGCCAGUAGGUUAGAUUGUAACAUCAAAUCAAACAUUUUUUUAUUACUAAGAAAUCGUAUAAUCAUGCUCGACUUAUUUACUAUAUUCAGUAAAGGUGGUAUUGUUCUAUGGUGUUUCCAAAGCACCUCGCAAAUAUUUGCUCCUAGUGUUAACGCUCUAAUACGAAGUGUCAUAUUGCAAGAACGUACGGGAAAUCAUACUUUUGAAUACGAUUCCUUACGGUUGCAGUAUAAACUCGAUAACGAGUUUGAGCUAGUGUUUGUUGUUGCAUAUCAAAAAAUACUACAAUUGUCGUAUGUAGACAAAUUUUUAAACGACAUCCAUUUAGAAUUUAGAGAUAGAUUCAAAAAUGAAUUGGAGAACUCUAAGUGGUUUUACAAUUUCGAAUUUCAAAAUAAUUAUGAGCAUGUACUUGCUAUGGCUGAACAAUGGGCACGAACUCAGGCUAAGAUACCUAAACAAAUGCGUACUUUUGAUGAAAGUCAAAAAUCAAAAAAGACUGUUGCUAGUAUGAUUGAAAGGAAAGAUGACAAAGAUAAUAAAAAACAGGGUAAAAGGAAGACGGGAGUUAAUACUAAUAGAGAUGAUCAAAUGAAAAUUCAAGAGGUCCCUAAACAGGAUUUGUCAAACAAUCAAGUAAAUCAUAACGGAGAAAUGGAUGAAGAAGUUUUAAUAGCAAACCGUAUGAAAUUGGCUCAAAAAAUGAAUAAUCAAAAGAAAAAAGUUGAUAAACAAAAAAGCCAAAAACCUGAGAAAGCUGGCAAGAAACCCCGUGUGUGGGAAUUAGGUGGGACUAUCAAAGAUCUUGCUGCUUUGGAACGCACCAAAGAUAAACCAGAAGAAAGUGGCGAUUAUGUGGGAGCUGAUAAAACAUUAGUAGGCCAGAUGAAAGGUGGCAUUCGUGAUAUAGUAGUUGAAAGUGAUUCCGAGGAUGAGUCUGACGAAGAAAUGGAGAAUCCCAAACCCCAAGUACAAAAGAAAAGCAACAGUAUGUUUUCAAUGUUCAAGAGUUUGGUCGGUAAUAAGUCUUUGAAACACGAGGAUAUGGCUCCGGUUCUGGAAAAAUUAAAAGAUCACUUGAUUUCGAAAAACGUAGCAGCUGAUAUUGCUCAAAAAUUGUGCGAUUCUGUCGGUGUAAAGCUCGAAGGAAAAGUACUUGGUACGUUCGAUAGCGUGACUAGUACCGUCAAAGCCACGCUGACCGACGCAUUGGUGCAAAUACUGUCUCCAAAGAGACGUGUGGAUAUUCUGCGAGACGCAAUGGAAGCAAAAAAAAAUAACAGACCUUAUGUUAUGACUUUCUGCGGCGUAAAUGGGGUGGGAAAAUCCACAAAUCUAGCGAAAAUUUGUUUUUGGCUUAUAGAGAAUAAUUUUCGUGUGCUAAUUGCAGCGUGUGAUACAUUUAGAGCUGGUGCAGUUGAACAAUUGAGAACUCACAUGCGCCAUUUGAAUGCUCUUCAUCCGCCAGAGAAGCAUGAAAAUCAAUCUAUGGUUCAACUGUAUGAAAAAGGUUAUGGAAAAGAUGCUGCUGGUAUUGCCAUGGAAGCGAUCCGUUUUGCUAAGGAUCUGAAAAUCGAUGUAGUUUUGGUGGAUACCGCGGGCAGAAUGCAAGAUAACGAACCAUUAAUGAGAGCCUUGACUAAGUUGAUCAAAGUAAACGAACCAGAUUUAGUACUCUUUGUUGGCGAAGCUCUUGUUGGAAACGAAGCUGUUGAUCAAUUGGUAAAAUUUAAUCAAGCACUAGCCGAUCAUAGUCAAUCCACCAAUCCUCAUAUCAUUGAUGGCAUCGUGUUAACUAAAUUUGAUACAAUCGAUGAUAAGGUAGGCGCGGCAAUUUCUAUGACGUAUAUUACUGGACAACCCAUCGUUUUUGUUGGGACAGGGCAAACUUAUACUGAUUUGAAGUCAUUAAACGCAAAAGCUGUGGUACAUGCAUUAAUGAAGUAAUUGUUGAUUUGAAUAAUAAAAGAUGAUAUUAAAAUUAUUAUAUAAAAAAAAUUAAUUAAAAUUUCAAUGGAUUGUUAUCAACUAUUUCGUGGAAUUAAUUAUCUCCAUUAUAAUAAUAAUUACAAUUAUAUACAAAAAGUUUAGCAAGAAUAAUAUAUUAUCGUGUUUAAAUACAUAUGUAUUAUUUUUUAUCAUCUUUCAUCGAUUUAUAUUGCUCUUAUGAUAAAUUUUUUAAUACGCUAGCGUUUAAACGACUCGGUAAAUACUGCUAUUCCUAGAAUCGCUCGAAUUCGUUAUAAAUGAUUUAUGAUAUAAAUUUAUGGUGUUUUCUAAGAAAUAUAAAUAAUGCGAUUAAAAAAAGGAGAUGGAAUGCCAUACAUUCUUCGUAUGCUUCGCUUUUCUUUCAACAAUUAUUUUAUUUUGUAUGCUCUGUCUGUAAUAUCGAUUUUUCAUUUUCCUGCCACUUGUUGAAUACGUAGCAUAUAAAUUGACUGUUCCUCUUGCAAGAAUAUUGUUGCACCGGUGAAAAUGCGUCGUGUAUGUGAUGUUUAACAAAUUGUUUAAUAAAUUUUACAAGUUUUCCUAA